GUUUCAUGUUUUCCAAAUGGGCGAGAAGUCACCAAAAGUCACGUGCCACCGUCAAAGACUGUCCAUGCUACCGUGUCGUCGCGAGACCAAUCACCGUGAACGCUAGUUUUCCUAAAUAAUAAUCCCAAAAUCAAAUUAACCGAUUUCACUAUCCUUUAUCUUAAUUCAAAAUUUUUUUAAAUUCUCUUACUUUUUUCUACAUUUAUGAAAAAAAAUUUAUUACUGACAUGAAUUAAAAUCUAGUGAUUGUGAGUGCUGUGUGCGAAUAUUAAAAAAAGAAAUGCAAACGUCCGAUUGUAAACAAAAAUAUUUUUCCUAAUAUGUAAAAUUCUUUUUUUUUAUGUUUAUACAAAAAUCUAUAUAUGAAUAGAGGACAUUUAUUUUCAAGUUAAGAGAAAGAAUGAGCAAUUAUUUCGUACGUCCACUAAGAGGUCGAAUAUUGCAUCAAUCCAAAUGGACUAAAACGAUAUCGUUAGCGAAAUAAAUCUUUUUGAAAUUCAUUUUUGAAUUUUUAUAUAGUGAAUUAUAUAUUGAACUCUUGAAAAAAAGUUAUUGUGAUUUUUUUUCGAAUAAAAGGCCAUAAGAUGAAGCGGCAGGAUCGGACGGAUGCCCGCUGCCAUCAUCAUCACCACCCGUCGGCAACAACAAAAACCUUUUUGAUCACUGUCCAUUGUAAAACUGACAUCGUAAAGUGUCCAUGCUUUUCGAAGUCAAUGUGAAAAAAAAUUGUGUUAAGAAGUCUUCAUUAAAGUUCAAUACAUUUUUCGAACACCUUUUCGAAAAGCCACCACCUGGAUAUAGUUACAUUUAUCAUCUCUCUCUCUCUCUCUCACCGAAAAAAAACCCUAUAAGGAUAAACUAGUGCCGAAAUGGAUCUUAGUACAGCUUAUCGAUAUAAUCAAAAUAUGAUGGAAUACUACACUUGUCAUGGGGGAGUGAAUCAACUGGGAGGUGUUUUUGUGAAUGGAAGACCCUUACCUGAUGUAGUGAGACAAAGGAUAGUUGAGCUAGCACAUAGUGGUGUUCGACCGUGUGAUAUUUCCAGACAGCUUAGGGUGUCUCAUGGCUGUGUAUCCAAAAUACUGUCGAGGUAUUACGAGACAGGAAGUUUUAAAGCUGGUGUAAUAGGAGGUUCCAAACCAAAAGUAGCAACGCCACCAGUUGUAGAUGCAAUCGCGAAUUACAAAAGAGAUAAUCCGACGAUGUUUGCUUGGGAGAUCAGGGACAGGUUGCUUGCGGAAGGCAUUUGCUCGCAAGACAACGUGCCAUCUGUUUCAUCAAUUAACCGAAUUGUACGAAAUAAGGCUGCCGAGAAAGCGAAACAUGCACACCAACAACAACAAGCGCAACAGCAAGGUCAACAACAACAGGGUCAACCGGGUACAGGUGGCUCAGUAUCAGUUAUUGCCCAUGCUCCCGCUACACCUUCUGGUCAUCCUGCAGUAACAGCACCUAAUGCUUACAGCAUAAGUGGAAUUUUAGGAAUUCCACCACAUCAUCAGGAUCCUAAUGGAAACAGUAUCAAACGAAAGCGAACUGACGAUGAAGAAAAUCGUGAAUUAAGUGAUCACACUGAUGAGGAACUUAAAAGACAAAGAGGUACUUACAAUGGAGAUCAACUUUAUUCUAACCUGUGGUCAAGUAAAUGGAGCAUUAAGGAUGAGCAUAAGCUGCUGAAUGAACUUGGAGGUAGCGGUGCUACCGGAAACGGUGGUGGCUCAGGAGGUAGUGGUGGAAGUAGCGGAGGAGGCAGCGGAUACUAUGAACAUGGGGGAUUCCCCGGGAAUGCGAUUGCAACCUCCGCAGAACUGUACGACUCCCUGGGCACCAUUAGUACUAUGACGCAAGCGCAGACGCCCCACCUCUACACCCCGCCCAUAGGGGGCACUAUAGGUGGUACUUUGACGCCGCUUACACCUCUGACGAUGCAAGAAUUAAAACUGAGUCAAACAUUGGAUGGUGCUAACAUGUCUCCAUAUCAUACAUCUGCAGAGAGCAGUACCGUUGCAGUAUCGUAUGUUGGUGUAGGAGCCGGAGGGGGCGAGCAAAGUCCACCGCUUUCGUUGCAUAACGAGACUAGCUCAGCCCCUACGGCUAUCAACACAACUACUGGAGAUCCAGGACUGACAGUAUUACAGCCACCAGUAUCUCAACCUCAGGUAUCAUCCGCAAUUCCACCUUACACGACAAUGCUUCCUAGUUUUGGACACUAUGCAACUGGUACUGGUGACUACGCGUAUAGUGCGGCAUAUUCUCAGUAUUCAGCUGCUCCUUAUAGUAGUUAUGGUUAUGGAACUGCGACAAGCGGGUUACUCAAUUCAUCAUAUUAUUACUGCAGCGGGGAUACGCUGGCGUCUUCCCACAAUAAUUCACAGCAGGGUGGAUGUAACAAUAAUGCAGGAUCAGAGAACAAUACGGAUGCAGCUAGUCGUUCACCCCUUGCUGCAACAAGAGCUAGUAGUGGCGCAAGUGCAGCGUCACCUACUGGAAGCGCUUGCACGAAGCCCGAUCAUAGUACUACUUCAACCGAUCUAUAUUUAGCUUAAUUGAAAGGGAAGUUGUUUAUAGGUUAGAAAAACUCCUUAGGUGCAUUGCUAGUAAAACCCAACAAACUUACCAAAAAAAACAUUUUUUGAAAAUAAUUAGCAGGCGCCAUAUCAUACAAAUUUAUUUUUAAAAAAAAAUUCGUAUAUUGUUUUGUCGUGUCAGAGACAGUGAUAAAUGCUCAUGCGUUUUGAUAUAGAAGUCUCACUACACGAAAAACUAGCGCUCUUCCUGUAUUGCUUCUACAAUCAAGUGCAACAAAAAAAAGAACCGUCGACGGAUGCUCUCUAUCAUGCAUGUAGUGAAUCCGUAAGUUUCCUCUGAUUUAAAAUAUAUGCGAUCUUUAGUGAAACAUAAUUAAUCGCCGUCUUCUAUGGCGGAUCGUUAUUUUACGGUAUAAAUUGAGAUCGCAAUCAAUAACAUUUUUCUUGAGAAUCAGAGAAACAAAAAAUGGACCUAACAUCGUAUUAAUCCAGUAGCAAUAUAUUUUUUUUAUCAGAGGAAACAGUCAUUAUAUAUAUAUAUUAUAGGAGGUGGAAAUAUUUUGGCAUAUAAAUUAUUUAAAACUUUUAUUUUAUAAAAAUGGAAUAGAAAAUUUAGAUUAUAAAUUAUGUGGGAAAAGUUAUAA